AGCGGAUUGAGGUAGCCAAGCAUUUAGAUAAUCCUUUGACUCUCACCUUCGGUUUGAUCGAUUUCAAUGUAACGGGCGCAGCAGGCACGUGUCGGCAGAUUAAGCAUUUUAUUCGCGCAUCUGAUGAAAAGUAUACAUACAGAAUAGCAUACAGUUAGGGGACCUUGCAUUGUAGCAACAUUCCUGCGCUGAGAAGGAGCUUCAGGAAAGAAAAAAGAAAGCUAUUAAGAGACUAACCAGAGGAAUACAUCCAGUUUACUUAAUGGCAGAAAACAACUUCCCUCCUCUGCCUGGGUUCAUUCCCGUGAAGCCAUGCUUCUACCAGGACUUCAACGAAAUCCCCGAGAUGCACCGAACCAUGUGCAAGAGGCUCUACCAUCUGUGGAUUUUAAACAGUACCACUCUGGCCGUCAAUUUGAUUGGCUGCUUUGCCUGGAUGUGUGGGGGAGGAGGAGCCACCAACUUUGGGAUGUCCAUCAUCUGGCUCAUUCUCUUCACACCCUGCUCCUAUGUCUGCUGGUUUCGACCAAUCUACAAGGCCUUCAAGACUGACAGCUCCUUCAACUUCAUGGCAUUUUUCUUCGUCUUUAUGGCCCAGGUGGUGAUCAGCAUCAUCCAGACAGUGGGAAUUCCUGGCUGGGGUGUGUGUGGUUGGCUCGCCACAAUCACCUUCUUUGGCACCAACAUCGGCUCUGCUGUGGUCAUGCUGAUCCCUACUGUGAUGUUCACGGCCGUGGCAGUGCUCUCCUUCAUCGCGCUCACCAGGGUGCACAACUUCUACCGCGGUAGUGGUGGCAGCAUGAGCAAGGCCCAGGAGGAAUGGGCCACUGGCGCAUGGAAGAACCCUCACGUGCAGCAGGCGGCGCAGCAGGCGGCCGUGGGGGCAGUGCAGGGCGCCGCCCACCAGCAGGAGUACUCCAGUGCGCCCGACUAUGACUACAAUUAUGACAAUCAGAUGUAGGGCACCAGCGGGUUUGCGGGGGGGGGGGGAUGAGUAGGGUUAGAAAAGAAUUGACUGAUAAAAUCCAUUCAACAUCCCUGGUUACAUCAGCACUGAAUAUCCCCUGCUCUGUUUUUUUCUGAAGUGUGCCUAGUUGCUUUCUGAAACUAGUUUAUGACGUGGCUGCGACAAGACUCACCUGACACAACCUGCACCCUCCCCCCUCCAUGCCUGAGUGACCCAUCCAAGCCUCCCAUUUCUGUGGCAGAUUUUGCAGAAUGUCUUUCCCCCCCGACUCGUCUCUGAGCCCCUGGUUCAACUCAGUGAGAAUCAGAUGUGUGUGAGGCUCACGGCUCUCAGGUCGCACCACUUACCCGCGGCUUGGGAGUUGGCAGAUGACAGGUGGAUUUUAUUCACUGCCGUAUGAAUGGAAAUUUAUCAGAUAAUACGUGAUUAGCAGCAUUUCAUACCAAACUAGGCAAACCUUGCAAGCAGCAGUUAGCAGUUAAUUAGCAAUUAAAUGAAGUACAUGAACUAUAAUGAAUACACAAAAAGCAUCGUUAUUCAUCAUGGUUUGUUAUGAUUAGCAAAUACUGUACAAUUUAGAUUUUUUUUAUGUUUCAAUUUUUUUGUACUUUUUAGUGCUUUUAUGUAGAUUCCUGUACUGUCCACUAUAUUUUAUUUUAUUUUAAUGUUGUUUAUUUAACCUGGAGUUCACAAGUAUUUGCUUCUUUUUCCAUGUAGCAUCAUCAUAAAAUAUAAUCAAAAUUCAUAUAUGUAGAUUGUGAAGGUGCCAACAUAUAGUUGUUGAAGAGAAUAACGUAAGUAGGGGAUUAUUCCAACCUGUUAUAAUAAGGAAUUCUCUGUCCCUGUAGUUAUUAAGGGUUUCAAUUCUCAGGAAAACGGGCACAUUGCAUAGACAUAGUAAAAUGAACUGUAAACAUGUCUCAUUUCUUAUACUUUAAUUUCUUUAUAUUUGUGUUUUUCUUUAUUGUUCAGUUUUGGUAGAGGGACCUUGACCCAUUCAGUGCUGAGUGUCACAGUCAUACCUUGAGAAGUAACACUUUUUAUGUGAGAUGAGUCCAUCUUCACAGGCUCCGCACCCCAUUGUCUUGUGACUCUCUUAAGCUACUCUAUAGAAAUGCAGUUUGUUCGGUCACAUGUCUCGUUUUCUCCCAGUAUUACUCUCAUGAUAUGACUUCCUGUGGCUUAGAGAAGCCAUAGCCUAUCCCAGUGGCCUCAAACUACUGGCCUGCGGGCCACAUCCCAGUGGAAUAUUCAACAGAAUAGAGAUGUUACAUUAUACUUUCCUCUUUGACAUUUCUCUUUUUGCGCAUCAAAAAUAGCCCCCUUUACAGAAGACCUCCCAGCCAGUGCUCCCCAGGUAAUUUGAGUUUGAGACCCCUGGUCUGUACCCUCUGAGGCUUGUCUGCAACAUUUCAGAUAAAGUAUCUUAUUAUUGUAGGUAUGAUGUAUGGAAUACCAAACCAUUCCCGACUUUGGAACAAAACCAGACUCAACUUUGCUGGUGUAACAUACCCCAACCCAGUAAAGACAACAGCCUGUGUUUGUGGCUUUAGGUGACAAGUUAUAAUGUACCUUGUUGACACCAAUUUAAGAUCAUAGCCCAGUAACUACUACAUCCCUCCUGUUACACUCUGAGAAUCGACACUGCAGGUGAAGAAGUUGGUUAAUUAAUAGCCUGUACACUCCUAAGUGUGACUUUGAAUAUACUGUGAAUGAUUUUAACACAUAUAUUGAAAAAUAUUACGAAUUUCACCCUAAAAUAAGAUGAGAGCCAUAUUUACAUUUUUGUCUAGCUGACGAGUGAUUGGGGUUUAAGGGGCUUUUUGAGGGGCCCGAUGAUGACAUCACUCUGCUGAUCCAGAGAUUCAAACCUGCAGCCUCCAUACCUGCUGAGCCGCACACUACUACAGUGUUGUUAUACAUCAGGCCCUGAUAGUGCUUAACAUGUUACUGGAGUCUUUAAUUUGUUGCUUUGUUAACUGGGGGUUCUGAACUGCUAUAUUUAGUGUUGUCUUUGUUACUAGCUAACAAGAACAGAUCUGUCAGGCAAAUUCCAGAAGGGCCAUCAACCUGCUUCCAGAAAAACAAUUACCUCUAAAAUUUAACAUUGGCUGUUCAACAAAUACACCUGUAAUGUGACACCAGUCUUUCUAAAUGGGCAGAUACACUAAAUGCAGAUGUCUGUGCAUCUAUCUAAUGUGCUCAGUUCCUGCAGAAUGACCACUUGAAGGUGCUGUUUUGGAAAUAUUGACACAUACUGUAUGCCACUUUGGACAAUUUAAAGUCAAAACAUUAUCUUUAGUAUCAUCCGUAUGCAAUUAUAUAUAUAGGGAUUAAAUUGCCUGCCUCUAGGUCCAUGGUACAACAUACAAGACAGGACAGAAGCUAUACAUACACAGGACCAUGUAUAGGUCAAAUGGCAUGACAAUACAAUGCACAAAAUUGUAUAUUUAAAAAAAGUGCAGCAUGAUUCAAUGAAUAUACAACACAGUAUAAAUAAUUACACAGUAGACACUAAUUAUACAGGUCAUCGUCGGUAUGCGGGAGCGUAAAGGACACGAACCCUUACAGACCCUUCCAGAGUAGCAGCAUAAGACAAUGUAGCAGCAUAAAUAUAGUGAACAUUACAUCAAUAGAAGCACUCUGUGAAUGAUAAAUUGUGCCGCUGUUUUCAAGAACAGUCCAGAAAAGAGAUAGUAAUGCAAUAAAGUUGGCAGUGAAAGUCGGGGCUUGGGUGGCAGAGAAAAUGCUCUUUGUUGAAUUGGGAUGUUGGGGGACAUCAGGGUGAUGAGUAGACUGACUCGGGGAAGAAGCUGCUACCAAGUUUGGCAGAACUGGAGAUGCCACAGUACGUUUUUCCAGAUGUCUGGGGGGCAAAGAGUCCGUGGAGGGGUGGGGUAGGACAUCCUUUCGUGACUAAUGAGGUGGUGUUGAGGAUCCAGUUGAGGUUCUCCAUGAUAUGCACACCCAUAUAUUUAGAGCUCAUGACUUUCUCCAUGCUGAAACCAUUGAUAUGCAGUUACGAGUGGGUCCUCCUCAAGUCAACUAUCGUCUGCUUUGGUUUGUCCACAUUAUGUAACAAUUUAUUGUUUGUAUUAUUGUUAUUAUUGCUGCUGAUGUGACCCAUCACUAUUGUGUCAUUAGCAAGUUUAAUGAUGUGGUUUGAGCAAUUUCUGACGGCAAAACCAUUAGUCAGUAACUUUAAAAAUUAAAAAAUUGAUAAAUGAUUCCACAGAUCUUAUUAUCCCAAUAAAUUUAUUACUGAAAUUUCAAGAGGAAAACAAAUAAUAAAUAGCAUAUUGAAGUGUU